UCUCUAUAUGGGCAGAUCAGAAAAACUAGGAACUCCGGAAUUCCUACUGCUACUUGUACAUGUAGCCGUCUGUAUAAAACAGCAAAACACUAUUGAAUCAGUUUGAAGCUCCAACAAAGUGUAUUAUUGUAUUAUAUUUUUCGGUAGAUUGGUUAACAAUACAGUUAAGUUUGCAUUGGCCAGUGCCCUAUAUAGGACAUUAACAUUCACCUUGCCUUCGCUUUUCAUCGAGUAUACAUGAGUAUGUUUACUUUGAAAGAUCAUCUUUGGUGAGUGACUGGAAGCAUUUUGAUUGACGAAAUCAGAUAUGACCCAUCAUGGGAACUUUUCUUGGCCAUAUCCUCCCCGGAACUUUCUUCUUUAUCUAUGGGAUGCUGUAUGUUGUCAAAGAUGCCUUCAGUAGCAUUUCUCUUAAACGAGAUCGGGAGACGUCCCAGACGUCAUCAAAACCAUCCAAAACACCGGGUACCCCACGAGAAAACAACUGUGAAAAAGAGCGAUGUCUCGAUAACAAUUUUUCUCAGCCUCAGGGAAAUAAUGGACGUUCAAAUAACGGGUGGGAAAGUUUUGAUUUUCAGUCAGACGAAGAAGAAACCUGCCUCUUCUCUCGUGAGAAACACCGCCCUCUUUCUGCAGAUUCUGAAUACGAAUCGGGACCCGGGGAUCAAAGUCUUUGCAACCAUGGCAACAGUUCGCGUUCGGAUGAGCUCGAUGUUGACGAAGAAAAAAUGAAAGUGAAACAUGGGUGGGUGCGAGUUAAAGAAAGUUUAACGAACAUGUUGGUUAUUGAAGGUAUCUUAAAGAUUGCAUGCGCCACCUUCGGUGCUCUAGGUGAACUCUGGUGGGGAGGAUGGUAUAUUAUUAGCCCGAGAACAGGUAACUUCACCAACAUGAACAACUGGCAACACGCAACCAUGUUCAUGUACUUUGCCAUCAGCGGGGUUGCAGAUAUCGUCUUCCAAACAUGCCUCCGAUCGUCGUCACCAUCGGACCAGUCUAUCGAAAAGAUUUUUUUAUCGCUCGCCUUCUCGGUAGAGGGGGUUCUGUUUUUCUUCCACACCCACGGGCGCGAGGAAAUCGAUGUCCACAUCCACGCCCUUCUCGUGAUCCUGAUCUUCGUAUGCGCCGUGGGAGCUGGACUCGAGCCGUGGUCGUACAGCCCAGAGUCACCGGGCGUUAGGCGCCUAUGGGUCAUUGCUACUUGUGUUCAGGGUACCUGGUUUUGGCAGAUCGCGUUCGUUCUGUACAACCCAUGGGGAAACAAAAGCGACUUGAUACACGAAGAACGAGAUGAUGACGUAAUGGAGAAUAUGAUCAUGAUGAUGACGACGAUGUUCACGUGGCACCUAAUUGCUGAUCUUGCAUUGAUCUGCUUAGUUCAUUUCAUGGUUAUAUAUUUCUCAAGACUUAGAUGCUGCAGAAAUUAGAAAGGAGAUGUUUUAGCAGGGUUUCAGAUACAAGGUUGGAAUUGCAAUGACUGUUGACCAACCGUCUGUCUAAGAAAAAAAAUCAUCGAAAUAAUAGACAUUCUUUCCAGAAAUUAUACAAGUGCCCUUAAACUCUCCUUCAUUGUCUACAGCUGGGCCUUUAUCAAUUUGAUGUAUAUUACAAAGUAUGAUAUUUGUCUUUUAACCUAAGAUAAACAAAGAUAUCCUUUAAUUUAUUUAUUUAUUUAUAAAGUAUUUAUACAGGAUAAAAACAUCAGCUGAAUUGCUGUUUUACAUUAAUGUCCUGAUUUAACAAGGUUAAAAAAACACAUAAAGUUACAAUAUUAUGAUGCAAAUUACAUAUAAAUAUUUGAAACAGCAGUAUCCACACUCUGAUGACAAAGUGGCAAUUCAACACUCUAGGAACCUAACACAGUAAUGGCACCUUGAUUUAAGCACCCAAAGCGCCACAUCAGUACCCCAUCAUCCAGAGUGUAUGACACCAGAUAACUAUACACAGAGUUUGCAAGGUAUAUCAAUUAUUUAUAACUACUAAAAUAUGAUAAUGAAUAAGUAUGUUAUGACAUUUAAAAAAGUGGAAUUCAGUUCAAACUAGUAAAAUGACCACGAGAAGGUUAUCUGUUAUCACUACCCAAACCUUUCAAUUAUCAUAUGGAAUAGAGAUUCAAAUAAUAUAUUGUCACUAA